UAUAACAGCACAGAAAUACAAAAUAAAAUAAACCAAAAUAAUUUGUACAAAAAAUAAAAAUUAAAAUGUAAUAUAAAAUAUAGCAAAAAUAAAAAAAGAGUGAAGCAGAAGAGGGGUGAAAUGUUGUUGAUUGAAUCGAGUGAUUCGAACUUGAAUCUUCCUGAGGAGUUGCUGCAAAUUCUACCGUCGGAUCCUUUCGAGCAGCUCAAUGUGGCCCGCAAGAUCACCUCUAUUGCGCUGUCGACACGUGUCAACUCGCUCGAAUCAGAGUCGUCGGCUCUACGCGCCGAGCUCGCCGACAAGGACAGCCUCAUCUCUGACCUCCAGUCUCAGGUGGAGUCCCUCGACGCCACCCUCUCCGAAACCGCUGAAAAGCUGGCUCGCGCCGAACAAGACAAGGAGAGCUUGCUCAAGGAGAAUGCUUUUCUUUCCAACACCGUAAGAAAGCUCAGUAGAGAUGUCUCCAAGUUGGAGGUUUUCAGAAGAACGCUUAUGCAAUCACUUAAAGAGGAUGAAGAAAAUUCUGGAGGAGCGCCAGACAUUGUUGCUAAGUUACAUAGUCGAGCAAGCAUCACUUCUUCAUCGCAGCUUGGAGAUGAAGAUGCUUCAUUGCCCAACACAGGAAAUUCUUUUGCUGAGGAUCGUGAGUCUGAUGCCGCAAGAUCUCGAGUGUCACAUAAUCUCCUCUUAGCAUCCCAAACUAGCACCCCUCGCAUUACUCCCCCUGGUUCCCCUCCUAGUUUGUCUGCAUCAGUAUCCCCAUCAAGAACAUCAAAACCUGUGUCUCCAAGGCGGCAUUCAAUUUCCUUUUCAACCUCAAGAGGGUAUGAUAGGUCUUCAGUGUUUUCCUCGAGUCAUGAUUCAAUGUCAAGCUCUGACACAGGUUCACAAACAGGACGAACACGGGUGGAUGGAAAGGAGUUCUUUCGCCAAGUCAGGAGUCGUUUGUCUUAUGAGCAGUUUGGUGCAUUUUUAGCAAAUGUUAAGGAACUGAAUUCCCAUAAACAAACCAAAGAGGAGACACUACAGAAAGCUGAUGAGAUCUUUGGACCUGAAAACAAGGACCUCUAUGCUAUAUUUGAGGGAUUGAUUAGUCGCAAUGUCCAUUAACAUUGCCUUGCGGAAGAUUUAUUACAUAGUUUUAUUCCUAGUUUGUAACAUCUGAUAUUUCCUUUACUUUAGCAACUUUUUCAACACUGUAAAUUACAUCUUAAUUGUUGCGUGACAAACUAAUCUUUGAACUUCCAAGCCUGUUAAUUUGAAAUGAGGAAUGAGUUUUUUUAAUUAGACAAUAGGGUGACCGUUUGUGUUCUUUUAAGGGAUUGUACUCUUUUU